AUGCGCCUGUUCGUUUACAAUUCUACUUGGACAAGCAUCUAUAUCAUUACACAAUUGAAAGAUGAACGAUUAAGCUUCGAACAUCAACUACGGUCAGAAUUGAUCAAUCGACUAUUCGAAAAGCCAUGUCGAGAUAUUCUUGGUAACAAAAAUGUCACCUCAUCGUCAACAAAUUCUUCGUUAACAUCGAACAAAAAUGAUCAUAAUUAUUUAUCUCGAAUUCGUGAAAAUCGUCUGCUGAGAAAACAACUUGAUCAAGAUUUUGAGUUGGGGAAGUUAUCAUUUGAGUCCCAUUCGGUACCCAUCAUUCCUGAUAAAUACAUAGAUUUGUUAGAAACAUGCUAUGAACAAUUCAAGAUUGUUGUGAAAAAUAUUGGAUAUGUUUUGAAUGUGUUGAAGUUGAUACAAGAACAUCAAGCAUCAGUGCAACUUCAACAAGAUGUACAUGUUCAAAUUCAAGCAGCAGAAAACCAUCCAGAUCUUAAAAAUCAUCAACGACAGGUUGUGUCAUCCGUACCAAAUACUAUCCAGUUUGAAAUUCCGUAUCUCUUUUCAAUUGAACUCGUUUGGGAAACUCUUCAACAAGUUCUCAGCGAAGUCUUAAAUGAAUACAUUGACUACAACAACACAUUAGAUACAUCAGCAUUGAAUUCGUUGUUAAUACCGAAUGGAACUGAUUACAACAAUCAUCAUUCAGUUACUGACUUUUCACAAUACUUAACGAAAAGAGCUCCACCCCGUCCACAACAAAUUCCACGUCUCUUCGAAUUCUCUCAAUCAGCACAGUUCAAUUCAUUAACUUCGUAUUUACAAGAUCAGAAUCGCUUUGCUAUCAAACCAGAAACAACAGCAGUUGCCACAGCAUAUAAACAAUAUGUUUGCAAACCAAACUAUCGAAACAUCACUGCUGUUCACGAUAUUCUACAACGAAUCAUCGAAGAUAUCGAUAUGAAUGUCAAACUGCAUGCAACGAAACGUAUUCUUGACAGGAAACUAACUGAAUUCAUUCGUGAUCGAUUCAUUGGUCGUGUCAUCAAAGAUAUUUGUGAAUCUGCUCAGCUGUCUUCCGCAUCAUCUAUUGCUGAUCAAACUCGUCUUGCUGAACUAGUUCCAGUUGUUCUGCAAAAACAACUUCAACUAUCCAUGCCAAUUCUACAAUCCACUUAUCUGAUAUUCAAAUCUUGUGAAGAAUUAUGUGCUCUCGUCAAGUGUCUUCCACCUUAUGCAGAUGACUUUUGUCAGGCUAUCAUCGAUCUUCUAUUCAAACAUCGAGAAUCGAGUAAUAAACUCUUUCUGAGCAUUGUCGAACGAAGUGAUUCACCUGGAACAUCAAUCUAUUCGAAUGAAUGGGUUAAAGACGCCGAUAUCAAUCGACAUCUCCGAACAAUGCCAGCAUUUGAUACAUUUAUCCGAAUGGCGAAACAACAAAACUCCAGCAAUCACGAUAAUCAUCAAGAUGACAACGCCGAUAAUAUUCGAUUUCGUCAAACAAAAGAAACAGAAACUUUGUUGAUCAAUUUCAGCCAAAAUGAAAUGAACUUGGAUGACAUAUGCACGAAUUAUAAACAUGUGAAAUUAUUAGCAAAUAUUCACGAAAGUCUCGACUGGUUAUAUUGUAAAUUAUCGUAUUAUUUUGAUAUUUUGGACAGAUGUCUAAGCGAUACAAAAUAUCUGGAUGCAUUGACACAAACAACAGUUACAUCUGGUUAUUCUUCGCGCACAUUGAAACAAAAUCUUCGUCAAUACGAACAGCUGAAACUGUCUCGUGUUAAUUUGGAAAUCUUCUCCAAUGCAAUGAAAACGACAUUAACAUCGUUGCUAUGA